UCAACAAUAUAAUGCGGUUAGUGGAGGGAGAGGGAGAGGGGGAGCACCGGAACCCAAAAUGGCAUUCGUUCUCGCCGCUUCUCCUUCUCUCCGCUUCACGGGAGGCUUCGUUGCCGGAAGUCGACUUCCCGGCGAUUUCUUGAGGUACAAGAUCUCCAAGCCCUCGCUAUGUUGUCCGUCCUCGCCCGCCUCCUUUGCCCGGAAAUGCUGCCUCUCCGCUUCAAUGCUCGUCCCUUUUAGAAGAGAUGACGCUCGGGAGCCGCCGCCUCCAGAUUUGGCGUCUUCCUUGUACAAGAAUCGGAUCGUAUACUUGGGCAUGCCGCUCGUCCCAUCCGUUACGGAGCUCAUCCUGGCAGAGUUUCUUUACCUUCAGUCCGAGGAUGCUGUGCAGCCCAUUAAUCUUUACAUAAACUCGGCUGGCGCUGCCAAGGUUGGAGAGAAACUGCCGUCUGUCACAGAGGCUUUUGCGAUCUAUGAUGUUAUGAGAUUCGUUAAACCACCAAUUUUCACACUUUGCGUUGGCAAUGCUUGGGGAGAAGCUGCUCUACUUUUGGCUGCUGGUACUAAAGGACAUCGUGCUGCUUUGCCAUCAUCGAGAAUAAUGAUCCGGAGGCAUGCUGCUCAAUGUCAAGAAGAAGAUACCGAUUCUGUAAGGAAAAUAGUAAGAGACACAAACUUUGAGUUGAUUUGUCUCUACUCAUUUCACACAGGAGAACCUCCCUGGAAGAUCAGCGAAGACAUCAGGCGACCAAAGUACUUGACUCCUCAUGAAGCUGUUGAAUAUGGCAUAAUUGAUAAGGUAUUGUACAAUGAAAGAGAGCCGAAGGAAAGAUAAGGCGGCGUCCGAUCUUAGUGGAACAGUUGUUCCGAGCAUCGCAACGUUUCUCACCAUGUGAAAUCACAACAUGUGCCACUCGAUUCCGAAGCAAAGUCUGAAGCAGGAAUCUCUGACGAGUUUGCCCAUCUUAUUUUGUUUUCGCAAAUAUAUGUUCUGUUCUAUAUGCAGUAUAUGAUCUCUUCGGUGCAAAGGUGUAGAUAUUUUAUCAUGACCGUAUAAGAAUGAGGCAGAUUCAUACA